AUGACUGCAAAAAAGCCGGCUGUUUUACACCAUCAUCGCUCAAGUAUGAAAAAAGUACAUAAAAAAUUUAAAUCUCAAAAAAAAUCAAAAAAAAGAAUUGAUGCAGUUUUGCAUGUUAUUUCAACAAAAAAACAUACAUCAUUAAAAGCAGAUAGAAAAAACACCAAAAAACAAAUCCAAGCAAACAAAAAGGAUAAGAUAGCAGGAAAUAACAGUAUGCAUUUUGGGGCAUCAGGAAUUUCUAAAAUAAUUGUCAUUGUUCCUCUUUGUACUAAUGUAAAUCCAAUGAAUGUGAUACAAAAUCUUAAUAAUUCGAUUGGUAUUGAUACAUUUGAAUUUUCAGGGAUGUCAAAUAUAUUUAUUGUAGAACGAUUCAAACAAAAACUCCAAUAUAUUAUACCGAAAAGACAUUUUUUAGACAUUCUUGACUUUUGCAAAGUCGCUGACUUUGUUUUAUUGCUUAUGUCAGCUACUGAAGAGGUUGAUUCAUUCGGAGAAGUAUGUUUGCGAUCUAUUCAAGCACAAGGUAUUUCUACUGUUAUACCAGUAGUACAGCAUAUGAAUGAAUUAAAUUCUUUGAAAAGAAACAAGGAAGUAAAAAAAUCAUUAUUAAGUUUUAUCAAUUAUUUUUUUCCAGAGCAAAAAAUAUAUUCUACUGAUCAGCCUCAAGAAGCUCUAAACGUAGUUAGGAUGAUUUGUGUUCAGUCACCUAUUGGAGUGCGAUGGCGCGAUGAAAGAUCAUACAUUAUAGCAGAAGAAGUUAAUUGGAAAGAAUCAACUGAUAGCACAAAAGGGAUUUUAAGUAUCAAGGGGGUUAUAAGAAGUAAACCAUUGAAUGUAAAUCGUUUAAUCCAUAUAAUUGGAUGGGGAGAUUAUCAAAUUGAUCGAAUUAUUCCUCUUACUAUAGAAGGAAAUUAUAAUGAAACAUAUAAGGGCGAAAUAAUGGAAUGUAUCGAAGGAAAUGCUAUAUUUCCUACAAAAGACCAAGAUUCUUUAGAAGAACUAGCACCAAUCAUUGAAAACAUGGAAGACGUAAAUAAGCAUAUUGAUCAAAAGAAAGAAGAGCAAAAAAGUAUACGUGUUGAUGAUUAUUAUUACUUUUCAGAUGAUUCGGAAACGGCCAAAAGACCACGUCGUUUACCUCCAGGAACAUCCGAUUAUCAAGCAACAUGGAUUCUUGAUAGUGAUUCUGAAGAGGAUAAGAAUAAUGAUUCUGAGAUGGACGAAGAUAAUUUAAACAUGGAAAUUGAUGAUUCUUUAUAUUUAGAAAAAAAAGACAAUUCUGAUAGUUUUUCAUCUAAAUAUGAAAAAAAUAGUUCUGAUACAGAUCAAAUAGAUGAUUAUAAAAGCGAUAUUUCAUUAGAAUUAUUACAGGAAAAUAAAGAAAUACCUGAAAAUAGGGAAAAAGAAAAAGAAGAAGAUCGAGAAUUUCCAGAUGAAAUAGAAAUUCCGUUUGAUGUAUUAGCUAGAGAAAGACUUAAAAAGUAUAGAGGGUUGAAAAGCUUUAGAACAAGUCCAUGGAAUCCUGAUGAACAUGAUACAAAUCAGCCUGAUUAUUGGAAACAUAUAUAUAAAUUUAGCAAUUAUAAAGCAACAAAAAAAAAAGUUAUUAAACAAGCAUUUCUAGAUGGAAUCAAAGUUGGGACAUAUGUUAUUAUUGAAAUUAGAAACUGUGAAAAAGAAAUAUAUUCUACAUAUUCUUCCACUUCACCUUUUAUUGUUUUUUCACUUUUGCAAUAUGAACAUCUUUUAACAACAUUAAAUUUUCUUGUAACACAAAAUACAGAGUAUGAAUUCCCAGUUAAAUCUAAAGACGAAUUAAUUUUACAAUAUGGUCCUCGAAGAAUCCUUGUUAACCCUCUUUUUUCUCAAGCUUCUAAUUCAAAAAGUAUAAAUAAUGUGCAUAAAUUUGAAAAAUAUCUACAUCAUGGAAAAGCAUCUAUUGCGUCAGUUGUUUGUCCCAUUUUUUUUGGAGCUAUUCCCAUGCUACUUUUAAAGAAUACACCAUCUGGUCUUUCUUUAGUUGCAACUGGAUCUUUUUUUAAUACAGAUUAUUCAAGAAUCAUUGCAAAAAGAGUAAUUUUAACAGGACAUCCUUUUAAGAUUUAUAAACGGACAGUAAUUGUUCGGUAUAUGUUUUUUAAUCCAGAGGAUGUAGAAUGGUUUAAACCCGUACAAUUAUUCACAAAAUACGGAAAAACAGGCUAUAUCAAAGAAAGUCUGGGUACUCAUGGUUACUUUAAAGCUACAUUUGACGGAAGAAUUAAUCAACAAGAUACAGUUGCAAUGAGCUUAUACAAAAGAAUUUAUCCACGUCCUUGCAAAAUAUGGCAUCCUUAA